ACGGGUGCAUGGCGGGGCCCCCCCCCACCGCCGCCCCCCGCCGCCCCCUCCUCAGCCUCAGCUUCCUCCUCCUCCUCCUCAUCACCGCCGCCGGGAGACCCUGCGGCCCCGCGGCCCUCUCUCCGGACACAGUGCUGAGACGCCCGGGUGAAAAUAUGACGUUGACGUGCCGGGACGAGGAGUUGGCCGACACCAACGCUACGGUGUCGUGGUGGCACGAAGAGCGGGGUGCAGCGGCGCCGAUGGCGGGGGGCCACCGCCGGCACCUGCUGGAGGGCAACGUGCUGCCGCUGCGGCGCCUGCGCUACGAGGACUCGGGGCGCUACAGCUGCUUCUCGGGGGGCCGCGUGUUGCGUUCGCUGAGGCUGUUGGUGGAAGAGCCCCCCGAAACUCCCCGCGUCUCCUGCUACCGGCGCAGCCACGAUAAAGACGUCUUAUGCGAAUGGUCGCAGCGGGCGAAGCCGUCACCGGGAACGCGGGCAAUGCUCUGGAUGAAGCGGAGGUUUGUGGCUGAGAACGCUACGGAGCAGCGAUGCCGCUACUUCUCCAAGGCACAGAAGUUUGUUUGCCGGGUGAAGGUGCCACCCGGCGCCGACGACACCAAAUCCCUCGUGGUGUCCACGUGCGUCACCAACGGCGCCGGCGGCUCAGCCGGCGAGGACAAGAUCAUCACUCUCAGCGGUGUCUUGAAGCCGGACCCCCCCGUCAACGUGACGGUGGAGCCUCUGGAGAAGGCGCCGCAGCGGUUGCGCGUCAACUGGUCGUACCCUUCCUCUUGGGAUCCCCGCUUCUAUUGGCUCCACUUCCAGGUCCGCUACCGCCCGGAGCCUGCCCGGACCUUCACGGAGGUGGACCAGGUGACGACGACGUGGCUGGACAUCCGCGACGCCUGGCGCGGGAUGAGGCACGUGGUGCAAGUGCGAGCGCAGGAGGAGUUCGGCCACGGCUCGUGGAGUGAGUGGAGUCGGGAAGCAGUGGGGACCCCCUGGAUCGACCUCAAGGAACUCACCUCUGAGAUGGGACCCUUCAGCUCACAGUUCCCCAUGGAUUACGGCACCCGCGAGGUCACUCUGCCCCCGGAGCUCUUUGGGGACGCUGCUGCUGACCGAGCUGCUGGUGGGACCGUGGUGGAAGCCAGCGCUCGCUCGGUGACGUCCCCGUACGCUUUGGUGGUGGCUGGAGGGAGCCUCAUCCUGGGCAUCAUCCUCUUCGUGGCCAUCGUGGUGAGGUACCGGCAGACGCGGCAGCUGGGCAGGCAGCGGGGGGCCAAGGCGGAGGGCGAGGGGCAGCACACGCUGGUGCCCCUGAGCCCCCCCAGAUCCCCCCCCCUGAGUGACACCCCACUACUGUCACUCUCCCCCGAACCCCAACCUUCCAGGGGGCUCCACGUCACCAAUUUGGACUAUUUCUUGGCUGGGCAAUAGCCAAAGAGGGAGGGGGAGAGGAUGCGCCUGCGGGGCAGGUGGGGGUCUCUGGUGCC